GGAAAAUCCAGAAAGAACUUUUGACUUGGUCUUGAAAGUGAAGUGUCAUGCCUCUGAAAAUGAAGGUCCUGUGGUAUUGUGGAAAUUCCCGGAGGACUUUGGAGAUCAGGAAGUACUGCAGAGCGUGCCCAAGUUCUGUUUUCCCUUUGACGUGGAAAGGGCCUCUCAGAAUCAAGUUGGACAGCACUUUACCUUCGUACUGACAGACAUUGAGAGUAAGCAGAGGUUUGGGUUCUGCAGACUCACGUCAGGAGGCAGUAUCUGUUUAUGUAUUCUUAGUUACUUGCCAUGGUUUGAAGUAUACUAUAAGCUUCUCAACACUCUGGCAGAUUACUUGGCAAAGGAACUGGAAGAUGAUUUGAAUGAAACUCUCAAAUCACUCUAUAACCAGCCAGUACCAAAGGCAAAUAUGCCUGUCAACUUGAGUGUGCACUCCUGUUUCAUUGCCCCUGACAUAACUGGACUCCCGACGAUUCCGGAGAGUAGAAACCUGACCGAGUACUUCGUUGCUGUGGAUGUGAACAACAUGCUGCGAUUGUAUGCCAGCAUGCUGCAUGAGCGCCGCAUCAUUAUUACCUCGAGCAAAUUAAGCACUUUAACUGCCUGUCUCCAUGGAUCGGCUGCUCUGCUCUACCCGAUGUACUGGCAGCACAUAUACAUCCCCGUGCUUCCUCCACACCUGCUGGACUACUGCUGUGCCCCAAUGCCAUACCUGAUUGGAAUACACUCCAGUCUCAUAGAGAGAGUGAAAAAUAGAUCAUUGGAAGAUGUGGUUGUGUUAAAUGUUGACACAAACACUUUAGAAUCACCAUUUAAUGACUUGAGCAACCUACCCAGUGAUGUGGUCUCGGCCUUGAAAAAUAAGCUGAAGAAGCAGUCCACGGCUACGGGAGAUGGAGUAGCUCGGGCCUUUCUGAGGGCGCAGGCGGCUUUGUUUGGAUCCUACAGGGAUGCUCUGAGAUACAAGCCUGGUGAGCCCAUCACCUUCUGUGAGGAGAGCUUUGUAAAGCACCGCUCAAGUGUGAUGAAACAGUUCCUGGAAACUGCAGUUAACCUUCAGCUGUUCAAGCAGUUUAUUGAUGGUCGACUGGCAAAGCUUAAUGCAGGAAGGGGUUUCUCUGAUGUAUUCGAAGAAGAGAUUACUUCGGGCGGCUUCUGUGGAGGGAGCCCGAGGUCAUACCAACAGUGGGUGCAUACAGUCAAGAAAGGUGGUGCAUUGUUCAACACAGCAGUGACCAAAGCAACCCCUGCUGUGCGGACCGCGUACAAAUUCGCAAAGAGUCACGCCAGACUGGGACUAAGAGAGGUAAAGAGUAAGCUGAAACACAAGGACAAUGAGGAAGAUUAUGGGACCUGUUCUGGUUUGGUACAAUAUACACCAGUUUACACAUUACACAAUGAAAAGGGAGGAAACCCAGAGAAGCAUAAACUUUCCCAGGCACACUUGAGAAGGCCUCAUAAGAGCCUUGAUGGUACCCUAUACGAUGAUGACGAUGACAUUGAACGAGCAAGCAAGGUAUCUUCUGAUGAUGGUGAGGAAACAUCUGCUUAUUUCUAUGAAAGUGAUGACUCCGUUGAAGCAGGAGUGAAGGCUCCUUACUCAGGUGAGAUGGACUUGCUGGGAGAGAUCCUGGAUACGCUGAGCACACACAGCUCCGAUCAAGGAAAGCUGGCAGCUGCAAAAAGCCUGGAUUUCUUCAGAUCCAUGGAUGACAUUGAUUACAAACCUACGAACAAGUCCAAUGCACCCAGUGAGAAUAACCUAACCCUACUAUGUGCUUCUGGUGAUCAAGGAGAGUGGAAUCUCGGGCAGGACGACAGCGCCCUCCAUGGCAAGCAGCUCCCUCCAUCCCCCAGGAAGAGGGUUUCCUCUGGUGCACUGACAGACUCUCUGUUCACCCUGAAGGAGGAAAACAGUGACAAGCCCCUCUGUGCUGACAGUAUGAGUAGCACCACUGUGGUGGACAAGCCAGCUUCUACUUCAGGACUGGGUUCCCAGCCAGCCUCCCCCAAGGCUUCUCAAAUGGGUGAAGGAAAAGCAGAGCUGAGGGAAACACUAAGUCAGGCUUCAGGGCAUCUGCUGCUACCCAGCCUUGGGAGCCGCCAGUCUACCUUUGUUCCCUGGGAGAAAGCAGGGCAAGAACAUAAGGAGCCUUCAGAAGACUCUGGACUGCUCCAAGAAGUAGUGUCAUUGUGUCACAUGUCAAGUGAGUUCCAACAAGGUCUAAACAUUUCAGAAGAAAAGAGAAGUGAAAACCAAACUUAGGGUACUAGUAAAGGGUCAGUCGCUUGCCUCUUGGCUUCUUCAGAGACAUGUGGAAUUUAUUCCCUGUGAUGCGUACAGUAACCAGAAUCACUCAUAGGAAUGAAAACUCUUACUGCUGUUUGUUUCCCUUUGGAAUGUUUCCCCAUCUGUUCAUCUCAUGGAGCUAUAUUAUCUGUUGGUUUUCUGUUGUAAAAUGAAUUCUACUGUGCUGUUAAAUCAGGUACUAAUUUGUAUAUAGGCUGAAAGUGUGUUUUAAACAUAAGCUUUCCCAGUAUUUGGUGCUUAAUGCUGUUCCUUUUAUUUAAACUAAGUGUGCAUAUGUAGCCCCUACAUUUAACCAGUAGUUACUGUACUAAUCUGGUUGAGCAUGAAUUGAUCAAGAUGUCACAACUGAUAAAAAAAAUAGGAUGAAACUGUUAACCCACUAAUUGCCUUAAUCUUCCAGUUAUGUAAAGCAUUCAGAUCGUGUUUGAUGCUACAUGCAAAUCUUGAAAGAGGAGUUAUCUUGUCUUUCAGAGCAAUAAUGCCUUUUUCUAUCACAGAAUUAAGCUCACCAAUUUUUUCAAGCUUAAAUGCUCUCUAAGUGGAACUAAUUUCCUUUUAUAAAGACACUGCAGCCAUGUUUUGCAAACAAUGUAAAUGUGUAUAUUUACCUUUCACUCAGUGAAAUAUAUGAAGUGCUUAAUUACAAUGUGAAGUUAAAAGCUUCUGUUUACAAAGAAGCCACUCAGACAAUGCUUAGUCUCUGUAUGCCAUGGUUACUGUGGUCCACCUCGAGAAAGCCAAAUGCCCUGCAGAGUACAAAUAAGCAGUUGUCCUAUUCUUAUUUGCCAUGAAGAUGCUCAUAGCCUUACCUUGUGUUUGCUUUCUUAAAUAAUUAACUUUGUAUUUUAAAUGCUCUAGAUUUAUAGAAAAGCGCAAAGAUGGUAUUAAAUUCCCAUCUACCCUGGCCCGUUUCUGCUAUUGUUAGUAUCCUAUGUUAGUAUGCUACAUUUGCCACAAUGUUGAUAGUCUACAUGGUAUUCAGAACUCUGGCUUUUUCCUAAUGUCCCCUUUCUGUCCCAUUAUCCCCUCAGAGUUCUAGAUUACAUUCACUUACCAUAUCUGCUGGGGUUCCUCUUCCCUCUGGCACUUCACUUUUUUGACUUCUAUGACCUUGAAAAUUUCAAGUAUAUUGGUCAGAUGUAUUGCCCAGGGGCCAGCUCCUAGAAUUUGUCUAUUUUUCUCAUUAUUACACUGGGAUUGUAGAUUUGAGGGAGAAGAUCAUAGAAGUAAAAUGCCAUUUUCACAGUGUCUUAAAGGGUGUGUGUGUGUGCUGCAAGCAUAUUCCAUGUAGUGUUGACACCUGCUGGGUUUCUCCACUAUAAGCUUGUUUCCCCCACACCUUCUGUUCUGUUGCAGGCAGGAGUAAGGGAGGGAGGGAGCAUGGGAGGGAGGGAAGGAGGGAGGAAAGGAAGGAAGGGCAGGCGCAGAGUUAUUUAGGGCAGAGGAGUAUCAGAGUAGAUCCUUUGUAAUUUGCUAUGGAAUUUGCCCCCCCCCCCCCCAGUUACUGUUUAGCUUUGGAGCACAUCUGAAAACAUAUGUAGAUUGCUCCCACCAGACUGGUGGUUUGGAAUGGUUUAUUUGUUCCUUCCCUGCCUCGAUUCUAUACAUCCCCAAUCAUGUCCUUUUUAGGGGGAAAAAAAAAAUGGUUGCAAAACCACUUAACCUCAACAAGGCCAUACGCUAAAGUAUUUACUUCAGGAAUAUAAUUUCACCUAAAAUUUUAGGAGAUUUGUUUAACAUAACUGCUUAAAAUAUUUAUGAAGGUCAUUUAAAAACUGCAUUUCAAACUAUAAAUAGUUUUACAUGAGGUAAUUAUUCACUCAUUUGUAGUUGAAGAUGGAGCUUGUCCUUAGGAAGAUAGGGUCUUCAUGAAAAGAUAUAUGGAACCCUUCGUUUUGUUUUUUUGGUUUUUUUAUUUGUUUUUUUUUUUACACAAUAAUAUGAUUCAAGGUUCUCAGAUAUUGCCUGUAUAUGUCCUUCACUAAUCCCAGUUUCCUGAAAUAAAUAAUAAGAGGAAAGCCACAUAUCAGAAGAGCUGUUUUAGUAGGAAGAAAAGUUAGUGUGGUGAUUCCACUCCUGGGCAAGCAUUCCUACAUAAUUCCUGAUCAGAAUGCAGAGCCUCUAAUAUGAAUUUUGAAGUGAGGUCUCUGUUUUCCGUUCAGAAUUCAUUGUCUAAAGGAUGACAGAAUCCUGAGCGCAGCAUGGAACACUGGCUUCCAGCCCAUGUGAUAAACCCAUGGCUGCAGAUUCCUAGUUCUCUGCUUUGAGUCAACCCAUGAGAUGCUCCACUGUAACACUAGGCUAUUUGAAAACACUUAGCCACUUACAAAUAAUGUCUUAAGACACUUUAAAGUGAUCUGUGCCUUACUGUAACUCUUAACUUAACUCUAUGUUAAGAAGAAAAGGCAAAAUUGUACACAUUGUUCUUGAAAAGUGUCCAGAAAACUAGAAGCAAGUAUUGGUGCUUCACACCAUUAAAAUCUUGAGUAUUGGAAGUCAGCUUUUAAACACAGCCUCCCAGUGUAAUGGUGUCUACAGUAAGACAUAAGGGGCAAUAGACUGAGUUCUGAAAUAAACAAAAGUAGUAUUUUUGCUUUGCCCAAACCAAACCAACUAUUUAUAAGCUCCCUGCUAUUCCAAGUCAACUUUUCUGCUUGUGAUCUCAUUUUACAUACUGAGCACCAACCAACUGGAGCUCCCAAAUAAGCUUUUCAGAGAAGCUGCUUCCCAUCUACAAGAGACUUGAAUAAGUCCCUGAUUUGGCUUCAGCACCUUGAGUUUUAUAUGCCUUUGAACCAAGCCACAACUCCUCUUUAGUUUCACUUAGGCUUUACACCCAUGGUGGGUCAGGGGUGGGUCAGGUGUCUGAAGACUGAAGGAUAAAUUUAGGAGCUGCAGUUUUGUUAAAGUGAAAAUGUUGAGUGGCAUUUCUUGGUGAUUACCUAAUUUAGCCUAUACAUCAGAUUAUAAAUCAGAUUAUAGCCUGAUUAUUUUUUCCAGUUCAAAAUGAAUGACUCCUUCAUUGAGAAAAAUACUUAUUGACUUUUUGUACCAGUCAAAGAGACAGGUAUAAUAUCUAAGGAUAUAAGGGUAUGAGAGGAAGCAAACAACCAUCCAGCCACGGGGAAUCAAUUAAAAGGGAAAUGAAUUGUAGAUGUUAAAACAGAAAUAAUAAUAAGUAAUAAUAAUAAAAUAGAGUAAGAAUGUACUUGCUUAAAUGGUACUAGCUCAAUAGCAACACCAAGGACACUUCUAGGAGUAGCUGCUCUAUAUAAGUAUGUUCUAAGUACAGAAUCAUUCACUUUUCUGGUAAUUAUGUGAGUUACUAGAAUGCUGCUAAGAUUCCUCUUUUGAAGGACAGAUUUGGAGACACUGCAAGGCUGAGUCCUAGCUUUGACUAUCCACGUGAUAUGAUGUCCCUUUUCAGUAUGGACAGCUACUUCCCCAGUUCAGGAGUAACCUAGGGGAUAUAUAGAUUAGAGCCCCAUCAUGUUGAUGAGAGUCCAGUUUUUACAUUAAAAAAAGAAAUUUUGUUAGCAGCAUUUUCUAAAACAGCCCUCAUCUUUUUGGUUGAAGCCAUAAGUGACAGUGUUGUUGGGAUCCUAGGCUGAUGUCUAAUGGUGUGACUCAGGAGUCCCCAUGAAGCAGUUGUCCAUAAAGACUCCUGGUCAGUGGCAGAUGACUGUGGGCAUUCCUAGAAUCAACAGCCGUUCAUUUUCCACUCAGAUUGCCAGGACAAGUUCAUCACUUUCACGAGAAAAUUUUCUCAGGAGAACCCCACUGUUUGGUGUCAGUGAUUCUUGAAUCUGAGACGAUAUUUGAAGAUCAGAAUAAAAAUUCAGGAAUGUAGUCUGUCCCCAAGCAUCUCUGAUGUAGGUAGUCAUUUUUGGAAACCCGGUUUUCUAUGAGCGUUUUUCCAUGUCCAGCCCAGAGUGCUGUCACUGUCCGUUUCUUAAAGCUUCAAAGUCUAGAAAGGCAGCCAGUUGAUGUUAUAAUUUAAUUAAGAAAUAGGGAAUUAUGUAUAUUGAGACAGAAACAUUUUAUUUUGAAAUAUAGUUUGGUGCAAUAUUUUUUCUUUCGUAAUUUAGUUCAUAUAAAUACGCACAUCUGCUUUUUCUGGCAGAUGCCUUAAGGUCAUGUCUUUCAGUAUUUGCCUGAAACUGUAUGUAGCAAUGUUCUAUGUGAUUUCAGAAAAAAAUUAUUCUUUCUAUUGUUAGCAGAAGUGUUUUGUUUAUUUAAAAUAAUUGAGAAGAUUGUAUUAUUGUAUCAUAACUAACUUUCUCAGCCACAAUAAAUAUGCAAUAAAAAAAUCAUGUACUUUUGAUUAGUAUAGACAAUACUGUUACUUUAACAGAAACAGUGUGGUACAAAGUGCUGAUUCUGAGUGUCUACAUUUAACAGCCACUCUGCUUUGUACCACGUGAAUCUAAACGGUGUAUUUAUGUGAUAACCAGGUACGUAGAUUCUGACACUCCUUGUGAUCAGUCUUUGUUGAAGCUUAUAAAGGGCAUUGCCAAUACUUUUUGACUGUAAAUUAAUUUUUUGUAUGAUGUACAGUUUGUUUAGCCUGAGAGCUUCUAUAGAUUUCUACUUUUAUUAUACUUGAAUGAGGCAGAAAGCACUGUGGGAAAUUUGUAACUCUGGAUGCAAUAUGCAGAUAUACCAAAAAAAUAAAACAAGGUACCGAACAGCAAUGCUAACGGAAUGCUUUAUAAUCCAAGAGUCAGUGUUUUUCAACAUUUUAGUUAAAUGAAGUAAUUGAAGACGAGCAGUCUUUUAUCUACACAGUAUAGUCACAAAUGAUUACCUCUUUGAUGUGUCAAAGCUGUAAGUCCUUUUGAACUUCUGUUUCAGUCCUUAGAUGAGGGCCAUCCAUGAUCCCACCUCUGAUUGGAACAAAUCAACUACAUUGUGCGUAUGGGAUGUGUUGCCUGUGUUAAAUCAUUAUGUUUUAGAUAGAGUAGCUUUCAUAGGUAAUUCUGAGAACUCUUCCAUAAUCAUAUACCAAAAAUUGCGAACAUAAAAUCAGUUAUAAUGUAGCUGUGCCUAAAACAACAAAUACAUGAAACUUGUUGACAUAGAGGCCACACACACACACACACACACACGGGGACUCAGAAUUUAAUGUUUCCAAAGUUUGUGUCCAUUGCUUUAGCUGAAAAGUUGUUGGCUCAACAUGUAGCCAGUGUGUAUCUAUCAUCUCUAAACUUGACUACUAUUGGAAAGAUGUUCUGUAUAAAAGUAUUGCUUUGGGAAUUUUUUGAAUAUGCAAAAUUAAAUGUUGAAUGAACUCUGCCUUGCCAUAAAGUACCCAACAAUGUAGUUGAAAAUAAAAUUGGUCACAAUCAAA